AUGGGUGAUACGAAUGGACAAGUAGUAGCUGGUGGCAAUGACGAAGGAAAUCGAUUGGAUCAAUUGAAUUACCCAACCGAUGUAUUGAUUGACAAAGAGACGGAUAGUCUCAUUAUUUGUGAUUGGUUGAAUCGACGAGUCGUACGAUGGUCUCGUCGUAGUGGUACAACUCAAGGAGAAAUUCUCAUCGACAACAUCGAUUGUUGGGGAUUGGCCAUGGAUAAUCAGAGAUAUCUCUACAUCUCUGACGACGAAAAACAUGAAGUAAAACGAUAUCAAAUAGGAGACAAGAAUGGAACUCGUGUGGCUGGUGGAAAUGGCAAUGGUGCUGGUCUCAAUCAACUCAACCAUCCGACCUACAUCUUUGUCGAUCAACAAGAGACUGUCUACGUGUUAGACAGGAACAAUAAUCGUGUAAUGAAAUGGAAUAAAGGUGCAAAAGAAGGAAUUGUCGUCGCUGGAGGUCAAGGCCAAGGGAAUGCUCUGACACAAUUGUCGAAUCCUCAAGGGCUGUUCGUCGAUACAUUGGGUACCAUCUAUGUGGCAGACUCGUGGAAUCAUCGAGUGAUGCGUUGGCCUAAAGGAGCGAAACAGGGCACUGUCAUUGUGGGUGGAAAUGGUAAAGGAGCAAAUCAGUUCAAGACUCCCAUCGGUUUGUCUUUCGAUCGACAUGGCAAUCUCUAUGUCGUCGAUAUUGAGAACAAUCGUGUUCAACGAUUUUCAAUCGAAUAGACUCGUCGUGAUAGAUUUUUUUUGCGUUCUUUUCGUUUCAAAUAAAUCGUAUUGAAUUGAUGAAAUAAAUGGCUAUUCUAUUCGCGCGCGCGCGACCAGGAACCAUCCUGGUGGAGCCGUGGCGAGCGUAACGCUCGUGCACGCACAGGACAGACUCAUAUCAUUCAUACCCUCCCCGUGAGAGAUAAGUCAAUAAGUCUGAAUAAGCCUGGUCGUGUGCCACGGACACCAAGAUAGUUCCUGGCCAGUGUUUAACGUCUAACCUGGGAAGACGAUCUAACUAACACCCAUAACUCUAUCUCAC